AUGUACGGUCGGUUGGCGGAGAAUGGAAACGGUCAUCGAAAGUCGAAGCAUACUCGUGGGUCGACUUACAGAAAGCUAGAUAAACUUUACUCGAUUCAGUUUUACAAGCUAUGCACUCAAGUGCAGUCCCCGUCAGAGUCAAACUCGUCGUCUGCUUCUAAUAGGCCGGCUGCUCGCCGACGAAGCACUUUUUAUAUCCCGCAGAUACCAGGGCUGACUAAGUUUGAAGAGUACGAAUCGCCAUUGAAAGUGAUGGAGUUUGUCGAGCAUCGACUACUCGCAUCGUGUGUCAGUAUCCACCUACCGAAGGACGAGAAGCUAGUUUUUAUCAGCGAUGUGGUUCGCGAGGAGACAAACCCUCAGUUUCAGGUGCAGUUGCCCUACAUGCCUCCUCAUCUCCACAGAUGCAUCGUCAAAUUGUGGUAUAGACAGACGCAAAAACAGGAAAACGAGGAAAAAGAGCAAGACAAGGAAGCGUGGGGCCUCCUCUGCGUCUACAAGGUCGACUUGUGCCUGUUGGUGGAGAUAAACACCGAUCUAGACGCCGAGAUAUCGCAGGCUUUCAAAGACAACAGCAUGAGCAUGCAAUUGGGCAACAAGUGGCUCACGUUUGAAAACAUGCUCUUGCCCUCGUGUGCCAAGAAACUCACCACUCGUGUCAAACCGCAUUCAACUUUGAGCUCCAACAAACCGGUCCUCGCGUACACUUUUGACCAGAUUCGCUCUUUAAACAACUUGACGCGAGCCACCAAAGAACUUGCGAUAUCCAAGGACAAUUUGAGGAAACAGAUUACGCGAUACGUGGAAAAAAACUUGGGCUCGGACACCGUUGACCACUUGCCCCAGAUCUUGGACAGGUUGAACCAUCGGUGCAAAGUUUUGGAAACCGAUAUCGAGAGAGUCAAGUCUGUGAAUGAAGCUGCAACAAGACAUAUAUACAAGGUGACCCUGAAAAUCAGCGACAUCAAGCAAACAGUGGCUGAGUUUGACGCGAUCCAAGACCAGAUAAAGGAUAAGUUGGAAUUCUGCGACCAUGAAGUUGACAUUAUCCGGGAAAACACGUUUGAAACCAAGGACGAAAUCAGACGAGUGCUUCGCGACUACGCCACCAUCAUCUACCAGGUGAUCCCCAUCAAACAGGUGUCGACAAGUGCAUUCUUUUCCAUUGCUGGGUUUGAAUUCCCACUGGAUCUCAAAGCGCUCAAAGAAGUGUGCUACUACAACGCGAUUGCACUCAAGAACAUCUACCAUGAACCUCGCGCCGAUACCGAGGCUCAGCUUCACGAGCUCUACGUUGCGCAGAUCAACGCAAGCUUAUCACUUGUAGUGCAACUAAUGCAGAUUCUAGCUCGCGUGUGCUUUAUAACUUUCAAUCACAAAAUGGUGCUCAUGGGCAAUCAAAGUUAUAUACUCGACGACGUUUCCAAGACCUACCCUAUACAUGGGAAGCAGCAGAAACUUAAAAAAGUCGAGCCUUUUGUUUUCCCGUUGUUUUUUGACCCCAAGGACGCAAACAAUGAGAAAAUCUUGACUAACCAGGGCUCCAUUAUGAUGAACCAGGAGUUUGAGUAUGGACUAAGGUUGUUGAAUCGGAAUAUGCGCCAAUUGGUGAGCUAUAUCAAGGCGGAUAUCUACGAUGAAAAGGGCAUGGGCGAGAUCCCGGGUGAAUCUGCAGAUAAUUUGCAAUGGAACUUGAAAUAUCUAGAGUUGCUAAUGACUUCGUGA